CGACCCGUUUAAGGUCAGGAUCCAAAUUAAGGGUAACCCGAAAACACUAACCACCAAACCCAGAGGUUCUGAGCAGCGAGAAGAAAGGGAUCGCCGGGAUCCCAAUCACUCACUCACACGCACAAACGAAUACGAAGCAGUAUAGAUAUAGACGCAAUCAUCGCAAACCCAGCACUCUUCAAGGGCGAUUUGAAGGAAGUAUAGUUGUGGGAGUUGAAUGAUGGGAUUCAAGGCGGUGCACUGAUGUCACUGUUCUGGAUUGUGGUUCAUCAACUUGCAGAGAUCGAAGCAAUGGCUGCGUCGAAGAAAGUCAUAACAAGGGAAGAGUGGGAGAAGAAGCUCAAGGAUGUAAAAAUUAAGAAAGAAGACAUGAAUAAAUUGGUGAUGAACUUUCUUGUCACCGAGGGUUAUGUUGAUGCUGCUGAGAAAUUCCGAAAGGAAUCUGGAACCGAACCAGAUAUUGAUCUUGCAACAAUCACCGACCGUAUGGCUGUCAAGAAGGCAGUACAGUGUGGUAAUGUAGAGGAUGCAAUUGAGAAAGUGAAUGACUUAAACCCUGAGAUUUUGGAUACAAAUCCCCAAUUAUUUUUCCAUCUCCAACAGCAACGGUUGAUAGAACUAAUUCGGAAUGGAAAAGUAGAAGAAGCCCUUGAGUUUGCUCAGGAAGAGCUAGCACCAAGGGGAGAAGAAAAUCAAAGCUUUUUAGAAGAGUUGGAGAGGACUGUUGCACUGCUAGCCUUUGAAGAUGUGUCCAAUUGUCCUGUUGGAGAGCUUCUGGACAUAUCACAACGCCUAAAGACAGCAAGUGAGGUGAAUGCGGCCAUCCUUACCAGCCAGAGUCAUGAAAAAGACCCGAAGCUACCAAGCUUGUUGAAGAUGCUGAUAUGGGCCCAGAACCAGCUUGAUGAAAAAGCUGCUUAUCCUCGGAUAAAUGAUCUUUCCACUGCCAUGCUAGAAGACCCUACUGUCUAGAGGAUGUCCGUCCUACCUCCUUGUGUGGAGGAUUUAGGUUUCAUCUAGGCUUUCAUGGAAUGACAAAUGUUGUAUGUACAUUUAUCGCGAAAUGGCUGUAUCUACAUUCCUCCUUUGGAUGUUGUUUCAUUGCAAUCUUUGUUAAUUUUAUUAUCAUUUACGUUUCUGUGGCAUUCUCAACAUUUGUACAAAUGAUUGUCUAUAACAUCUCUUUACGUCUAUUUCUUGA